AUGUUGUUAUUAUUGGGCAUUUCGGCUCUAAUAAAUACAGCUUCAACUGCUAAAUCUGUACCUGGAAUAGUCCGCAUGCCAAUCUUCAAAAGAUCACAAUCAACAAGUAUAAUUACCAAAAGACGUAAACGAGAUAUUCUUAAAGAGCCAGGCUUGUUUAAGUCUGGGCUUUACAAUGAUUACGGUUCACAGUAUCUUGUUCAUUUGUCAGUCGGAACUCCUCCACAAAAAUUUACAGUAACCCUAGACACUGGAAGUGCUAAUUUGUGGGUUCCUUCUGUCAAAUGUAACCCAGAGCUCUGCCCACACACUCGGUUUGACCAAAAAAAGUCUUCGAGCUUCAAUGACACUGGCAAAUCCUUUGAUCUUCAGUAUGGAAUCGGUAAUGCUACUGGUGUGUAUGGAACCGACACAGUUUCUAUUGCAGGUGCCACAAUACAAAAUCAACAAUUUGGAUUAGCAACAUCAACUCACAAUCUUCUGACCGAUGUCGUCUCAUUCGACGAAGACUCACCGCCAGCAGAACCUAGCCAAGGAUCACUUGCGAUAUCUGACAAGGUUGAGAAUGGUAUACUCGGCACGGGAUUUCCUCAACUCACUGUUCCUGGUCUAGGCAGCCAAAAGCCCCACUACCCGCUCGUGUUCAACAUGGUCAGGCAAAAUAUCAUCAAAGAUCCUAUAUUUUCGAUCUACCUGGGCGCAGCCACAGACAUGGGGUGGGCUGGGGAAAUUGUAUUUGGCGGAAUUGACUCUACCAAGCACAGUGGCGAUCUUGUCUAUCUUCCUGUGACCCCUUAUGACACGACGAGCCGAGAAAUAUCGUUGGACCCAUCAUCUGGAAAGACUGUUGAUGAUUAUUUUUAUUGGCAAGUCUACAGCCAAGGAAUCUCGGCUACCAAUGGAAACUCAACGACAAAAUUUGAUGUUUCACCUGACAAAGGAUACAUCUUUGACACCGGGUCAACCCUAUCUUAUUUUCCUCAAUCGAUCGUUGAACCAAUGCUGACUGGGCUUGUGGGACCGAGUGGAUAUUCGUAUGAUCCAUCGACAUCGUCAUACUUUAUCAAUUGCCACGGUAUGCCACCUAAUGCAACUGUGCAGCUUCAAAUGUCAAGUACUGGAAGCAAGAUGACAUCUCCAACUACCCUGACCAUCCUCGCUUCCAAGCUGGUUAUUCCUGUCAAUGGAGCUACGGUAGAAGAUGCGACAAAAUGUAUAUUUGGAAUUGGAGAGAAUACCUUUUUAGCCAACGAAAACAUGAGCUCGAUGUAUUUGAUUGGCGACACUAUCCUCAGAACGACCUACCUUGUAUUUGAUAUGGGCAAAAAGCGCAUUGGAAUUGCAGCAGCUAUUGGUUCUGGCAGCGUAGUUAGCCAGAUCUAA